UGUUCCAUGUGAUCUACACGCCACCUGCGUCUUUAACCCCCUUUCUGUUGUACUGUGCACUUUUGGGAGAUCACCAACCAACCUUCUAGUGUCAUGGUACACACACAGUUGAACCUUUGUGACUUGAAGGAUUGUUCGUUUCAGACAUGCCGUAUGGCUUUGCUUGGCUGAUUCUCUCUCAAGUAUUUUAACCGGAUUUGCUUUCUUCACAAUCGUCGGUAACGUCGCCUACAUGCGUGGAGUAAACGUUGAUGCGUUUGAGUCAUCAGGUUACAACCUUGCCUUCAUCGUUUACCCUGAGAUGCUGGCCUCUCUCCCGUUUCCCCAGUCAUGGUCGGUCUUGACAUUUGUUACAUUGAUGAUGUUGGGAAUAGAUUCUAUGGUACCAGGCAUUGAAGCUAUCACGGCAGCUUUGGAAGACGUGUUUACGCAAUUGUUUAAGAAGCGCCUCUUCUUCACAUGUGCAGUGCUUCUUAGCACUUUUCUAUUUGCUCUUUUAUAUGUAUCACAGGCUGGGAUAUAUGUGGUGACGCUGGUGGACUGGUUUGCCUACUUUCCCUCUACAGCCGUGAUUGCAAUGCUGGAAUGCAUGGUAGUUGGUUGGUUCUAUGGGACAGAGAUGCUUCAGGAGAAUAUCAGGAUGAUGUGGGGAAAGAAGAUGCCUCGAGUCAUGGUCAUUAGUCUAAAGUUCGUCUGUCCACUACUUCUGAUCGUUACAUUCUGCUACUCUCUGUACUCCUACCGACCUCCGAGGUAUGGGGACUACAUAUACCCUGCCUGGGCUACAGGUGUUGGGUGGAUGAUAUCACUCGCAUCAAUCCUGCCGAUUCCUAUCAUUUGGCUGUGGACGGUUAUCAACAGAAAUGAAACUUCACUGAAAGAGAAAAUUAAAAGAUCAAUGGAACCCAAUGAAUACUGGUCUGGUUCUACUGGAACGGAAGGCGUCUUCGAACCUAUGGCAGGACAUGAACUGACAUCGUUCUAA